AUGGACCCUUAUAACUACGGCAACCAGUGGGCGCAGUCCGACUACGGCUCCGGUAGCCAGGAGGGCAUGACCCCUGAAGAUCGUCAGCGGAAGAAGCAGAGCCAGGCCCAGUACCGCGAUGAGGAACGCAAGCUCAUCGAUCGGCUCCAGUCUCUGACAGGCGGGCCAGACAAACGCGCGACCAUCCUGCAGCGCUCUGCCGACGCGCUCUCCGGGCUGCAGUACAAGGUUGACCUCCUGGUGCAGGAAAACCAGAAGCUGCAGGCGAGGCUCAACGAGCUGGCCGUUCAGAACCAGCAGCUUCAAGCGUAUAUUAUGCAGCAGCAGCAGCAGCAGCAGCAGCAGCAGCAGCAGGGAGGAAGCGGCUGGAACCAGGGAUACCCUGGCUAUCCUUACCAGUGACACCCCCAGCAUCUUCGAAUCUAUCAAGACGUCGGCCCGAUACCCCAGACCUUUAAGCUCCGACAAAGCGACUUAUCACGACCACGACAUUGAGGUCUCGCGUCUCUCGAGUACCAUUCGGCUUCUGUAUGCUAUCUACCUUGUUCACGACGCAUUGCACAUAUUUAACUGUACAUACCGUCUUCUGGCCUAUUUUCG